GUGCCAGGAGGGUUGGAAGAGAUGAUCUUGAAGGUCCCUUCCAACCCAGACCAUUCUAGGAUCCUGUGAAUUCUAUGUCGUGGGAUCCUGGCUCUCAUUGUGCAAGUUAGAGAACAGCCUCCUGUGACUAAGAAAUAAAGUGCUUGUCACUUCUUGUGGUAAACUUAUGUUUCCGUCAUGUCCUGCCGCAGACUUCUGUGACACUUCCCAAGUUUUGCUGCCUUCAACCAGAAGUUGCUCCCAAAGAGUCUUAAUGGCAUCUUAAAUAAUAUUUUCCUACCAAAAGAAUCCAUCUGUCUAACUUCUGGUUCUGAAUCAAUUUCCUGUAGCAAAGAUCUUUCAUGAUGGCAAUUUAAAGUAGGACUUUUCUUGUUUAAAAGAGAGUUUGUUCUUUUGCAAAAUCUCCUCUAUCCCACUGAAUAUUUUAAAUUUUUAUAUUUAUGCAGCAAUCUUGUACCCAAUACACUAUAUCUGCACAUUUAUACCACCUUAGUUUCCUCUUGUCUUUGCAUCAAAUUUGAGCACCACUUCUUUUACCUUGGAGGCCUGAUACUGAUUACAUGUUCUCUCUCCAGCCUUGUAUCUUAAUCUCUACUUACAAAAAGACCUCUUCUUCCUCUCCAUGCCCUUGUCUAAAAUACAGCUAUGAUAUCUAUUCACAUGCAUUACUAAUUCCAAGGUCAAUGAUAAAUACUCAGAAAACAAACCAAUGUUACUGAAAAUAGCACAUUGAAAAGCGGAGGAGUGUCAAAAUGUGAUAUUGUAUUUAAAAAAUCAAGGGGGGGAAAUAUGCAGAACACCCUCCCACAAAAAACUAUAGCCAAUGAGAUGAUCCUGGGACCAAGAUGAUCCAGCUAAAUUUGUGUCUUACAUUAUUUUCUUUACAUGAUCAUUAUCAGGUUUUUUUUUACGUAUUUACAUAAGACCUUAACUCACACUCCUCUGUUCCAGUGAACAUCAAUGCAGACAAUUUUGGAACACCAGUCUGAUCAAACAAAAUUACCAGAAUAUCAGACUGCAGUCAUCAGCAGAGUUCAAACAUGGUGUGCAGUCCUAGUGCCUGAGCAGUUCAUUUCCUGCCAACUUUGAUCUGUUUUCUGUAUUUACUUCUUAUGUCUCUGUCCUCAGUAGUAAUUACCCUGACUCCUAGCUUUCAAACAAGACAAAAAGCUGAAGCCUUUUUUAUCCUUGACCCACAGAACUGUACUAGGGAAGUGCUGUGGCUUAAGAAGGGAGACAGAACUCUGAAUCUGAAAUUAGUAGCUCAGUGAGGAAGUGGAGAAACAGGUACAGUAUUAUUUUAAAACAACACUCACGAGAGUAUUCUGAAAAAAAUCCCCAAACAAACCAAUUUUUAAGUGAAAGAUGUAGGCCACCUUCAGUUUCUGUCUCAUUUCUGUUGAAUAGAAUUUAAAAUAGCCUUUUCUUUCCCCUCAAAACUCAGUUUCUGUUCUCAGGGUCUGGAUAGACUUGUUGUUCAAGAUGAGAACUGUGCUACCAGCAGCUGAGAAAGAAAUAAUUAAAAAUGUCACUUACAGAAAAGGUUUGAGACUGCUUUUUUUUUUUUUUCUCUUGAGGAAGAUACAAGGAAGAAUUGUCUUGGAGGUAGUACCAAAGAAGUGUCAAAGAAGUAGCAGUAGUAACAGACAUGACAAACAUGAAGAAUAAGUUUCUCUCUAGCUUCCCAAGACUAACAUUUACUUUUUGAUAUUAAACUCAGCCUUGCAUAAUCUCCUCUGCUUUUACCCUUUCUGAACUCUGCUGCAGGGUUUAUCUUCACUUAUCAGCCUCCCGAGGAGAGCCAAUGAACGGAAGGCAGAACUGCUCAGCCUGUUUCCUCAGUGUUUGCCCAGGCUUUCAGCACAGGAAGCUUAGUGCUCUGAAAAGUCAGAAGGAGGAACCUCUUCAGCUUUGAGGAGCCAGUUGAUCAGGAGCAUGCACAGCUAGAAGAGAGGAGUUGGAAAGGGAGAGAGGAAACACUUGACACCGACUGCUGAGGGUGCACUGGCAGGCAAUAAACGCUCCCCGUGACCACAGUUAGGUUGGUGUCGGGAUGGAUGGAGUGACGGAGCUGCCUAAGGCAUGAAAGCAGGAACCAACAUGAAGAUUUCUGGGAAGACUGUGUAUAUGUUUGUGCUGCUCACCAUCAUUGUUAUGAGAUCAGGAGGGAACAAAGAAGUGUCAGUGACCGUAGGUGACAGCUCAGUGCUCGCCUGCCCUCUCAAACCAAAUAUAAAUAUGCUAACAUGGAAAAUAUAUCCCAAGGUUGGAGGUCCCUGCAACUUGGGCUACAGGGCAGAUACGAACACAACAGACAGAACAAACUGCAGUGACAGCAUGAACUGGAAAUUCAGACCAGAUCUGGGUCCUGUGCUUGAGAUACAGCAAGUGGGGAUAGCCCAGGAGGGAAAUUACAUCUGUGAAGUUGUAACACCAGAAGGGAAUUUCCACAGGACAUACCACCUGACUGUGCUGGUGCCCCCAAGGCUGAGCCUCUUCUGUGACGAGCACGGGAAGCCCGUGUGCGAGGCAGCGGCAGGGAAGCCGCCUGCUCAGGUCUCGUGGCUCCUAGAGAGCAACUCCUCCCUUGAGGAAGAAAGCCAUGACAACGGGACAGCGACUGUUCUCAGCAGGUUGACAGCAUGUGACACCAAUGUGACUGACACAACCUGCGUGGUGUUCCACCCAGCUGGGAGCUGGAGUGAGUCCAUAGCCUGUUGUCCCUCAGACAAAAAGAACUCUAUCCUGUAUGUCUCCAUUACCCUUUGUCUUCUGAGCAUUAUGACCUUCAUGGCUGUCAUUUACUACAUCAAGCUCCACAGCAAUAGACUGUGCCACAAAACCACACCUCCUGAAACUGAUCCUAUACAGAAUGACACGAUGGAAGUGGAACCUUAUACUACUUACGUGCAGAAGGAAAACGUAAUUUACAACUCAGUGUCUGAUCUGACAGUGGGGCAGAAUCUUCCACAAGAACUGUGGCCCGAAACAUGAACAAUUCAACAACACUGGAAAAGGAAAGACGUCCUUUAUAAAAGACUGGUUAUAUAGAGAAACUUCUCAGAGGAUUUCUUCAGAUUUUGGGGCAGCAUAGCUCACUAGGUCUGUUCAGACACCUGUGCUUGCCGAUGAGUCUUUAUAGGUCUAUUUUUUUCCCCCCUGUUUUGCUUUCUUCCUUGGGAAGGGAAACAGUGAUGUUCCUUGCAAAAAUGGACUGACCCCAUAACACAGUUUUUCCUGGAAUAGAUGUUGUGACCAGUGUUCCCUUUACUGUUCUUGCCCUGGAGGUUCUAGUUUUGUCAGUCACUUCUAAAUGUAACUUUGAUACACUUGACACUAUGAUGCACACAUUUGGGAGACCAGAGGAGCGUUAUUUCCAAACUAAAAUGAAACACUCUUCAAUCAGCAGCCACCUUUUUCUAAUUUGCACUUUACUAACAUAGUGACCCAAGUACCAAUCAUCACUGAAUACCUUAAAUAGCAGAAGAUAUUGGUAGGGAAGACCCAGUUCUGAAAAUGGAAAUGAGUGAUAAAUUUAGAUCAUUCACUAAGAAAGAGUCUUCAGUAACAUGAUUAAUUUACUUGUUAGUUUCAUAUUCAGUAACUCAGGAUACCAUUAUAGGAUAUAGUCCUAUAGGACUAUAGGAUACCAUUAUAGGAUAUAUGUCCAUCCAGAGGAACCUGGACAAGCUGGAGAAGUGGGCCAAUGAGAAUUUCACAAGACCAAGUGCAAGGUGCUGCAAAUGGGUUGGGGCAACCCAUGGUAUCAAUCCAGGCUAGGGGAUGAACAGAUCAAGAGCAGCCCUGCUGAGAAGGACUGGGGUGUGAUGGUGGAUGAGAGGCUGGACCUGACCCGGCAAUGUGUGCUCACAGCCCAGAAAGCCAAAUGUGUUCUGGGCUGCUUCAAAAGCAACGUGGCCAGCAGAUGGAAUGAGGUUCUGCCAUUCUGCUCUGCUCUGUGAGACCCUAUCUGAAGUACUGCUUCCAGCUCUGGAGUCUCUAACACAAGAAAGACAUGGACAUGUUGGAGCAGGUCCAGACAAGAGCCACAAAGGUGGUUAGAGGGAUGGAGAACCUGUCGUAUGAGGAAAGCUUGAGAGAAUUGGGAUUGUUCAGCCUGGAAAAGAAAAGGGUUAGCGGUGACCUAAUUGUGGCCUUCCAGUACCUGAAGGGAGUCUACAAGGAAAAUGGGGAGGGAUUUUCUACAAGGGCAUGUAGUGACAGGACAAAGGGGAAUGCCUUCUAACUAAAAAAGACUAGGUUUAGAUUAGAUAUUAGGAGAAAAUUCUUUACUGUG